AUGGUAUUGCGACAUGAAUGUGAUGGGAAUAUGACAAAGUCAUGGUCGAGUCUUUGCGAUGCCAUCAAAGCCGCACAGCUGACAGGUCUGUAUCAAUUACCAGCAAGAUCUUCAUCUGUUCAGAUGAAUGAGCUAGAGAGAGAAAUGCGGAGACGAACUCUAUGCAAUCUUUAUAUCUGGGACAGACGUCUCGCAAGAUCUCUAGAUCGAGUUCCUUUUUUGAGUUCAGGAUUUUGCAUAAUCGAAUUUCCCAACGUGCGAUUGGGCGUCGUGGGAACUUCAGAAGGCUCAGGUGCACCAGAGCCUUUCCAUGAAAGGCUCACUCAGGCUCGGCUGGUCCGAUACUGGGAAGAGGUGUAUAACGCAACAUCUGAAACAUCGACAUACGAUCUAGCAGCCGCAGAAGAGUGA